AUGCACACUAGGCUUGCAUCCUGGAAGAGUAAGCUCUUGAAUAAACCUGGCAGAUUGGCACUUGCUACAUCAGUCCUCUCUUCUAUUCCAGCUUACUACAUGCAGAUAAAUUGGCUUCCUGAAAGUAUUUGUGAUAGUAUUGAUCAGACAACUCGGAACUUCAUAUGGAGGGGUCAUAAUGAUAAGGGAAUUCAUUUGGUAGGAUGGAAGAAAAUUGCAAAACCGAAGAAUCUUGGCGGCCUGGGCAUUAGAUCAGCAAGAGAAGCCAAUACUUGUUCUGGUUCUUCAUCGUUUUGGUUCAGCCAUUGGAGUGGCUUCGGCUGCCUCGGAGCUCAAACCCCCAUCAUAGACAUACAUGACCUUCACCUCUUUGUGAAAGAAGUCCUUAACUCCAACGGCAAUAGAGCACAAGCGCUAUACACCAACCUACCUCAAGACGUGACAGACUUCAUCAACAAUGCUUCAAUUAAGUUCAAUGAUGCAAUUGAAGAUGCCUUUAUCUGGCAUCACAACAAGAAUGGAGUUUAUACCACCAAAAGUGGAUACAAAUGGCUUCUCUCACAAUCAGGUUCAGCCAACAACUCAAACCACUCUUGGUCGUGGAUUUGGCGUUUCAAAGUCCCUGAGAAGUAUAAGUUUCUAAUCUGGCUCGCUUGUAACAAUGUUGUCCCCACUUUAUCAAUGCUAAACCACCGUAACAUUGCUUCUUCUCCAACUUGUUCUCGGUGCGGUUUGCAUGAUGAAACGUUUUUCCACUGUAUGCGUGAUUGCAACUUCUCAAGAGAUAUAUGGCACAAUAUUGGCUUCAAUGACUCGGAAUUCUUUGCUAUGGAGGAUGCGACAGACUGGCUCAGAGAAGGAACAAAGGGUCCUCACGCUACAACCUUUGCUGCAGGUCUGUGGUGGACCUGGAUGUGUCAAAACUCAAUGUGUCUAAGCAAUGAGCAGAUGUCGGUACACAAAUUGACAGCGAACAUCAGAAAUUCUGCAAAAGACAUAGAGCUGGUCUUUCCUUCGACUUCGGCUAUUCAUAUGGACCGGUAUAUUCGAUGGAAUAAUAACAAUUUGAAUUCCAACAUUCUUAAUGUAGAUGGAAGUUGCAUUGGCACACCAGCAAGAGCAGGUUUUGGAGGAUUGAUUCGAAAUAGUGCAGGUUAUUACAUCACAGGUUUCUCAGGAUUUAUCCCGGCUUCUGCUGACAUUCUGCUAGCUGAGUUAACCGCAAUUUAUCACGGCCUAACCAUUGCUAAAGACUUGGGUCUUGCUGCUAUGGCAUGCUACUCGGACUCUCUCCUUGCUAUCAAUACUGUCAAGGAAACCUCUUCGAAAUAUCAUGUUUAUGCAGUGCUGAUUCAUGAAAUUAAAAUUCUGCUAUCUCAAGAUAAUGCUUCGCUACACCACACUCUCCGCGAAGGUAAUCAGUGUGCCGAUUUCCUACCCAAGCUAGGAGCUUCUUCGGAUGAUAUUCUGUUAGCACACCCACAUUCUCCUAACGAUCUCCGCCCGUUAUUGAGGACAAAUGCUUUAGGAACUUUGUUCUUGAGAUCUUAG